AGCAUCGUAUUCUGUCCGUAUUGCUAUUCGCAUCCACCGUUCGAAAACAUGCUCAAAGCAUCCGGUUGUGACCGAUGCCCGCAUCCCAGCUGUCCGCAAUCGAUGCACACGCGCGGUGUGGAUGCGUGUCCCGAGUGCCAGUACGGAAUCAUGAUUUUGGAUGACUCGUGUGCCCCGAAAUAUCGUUUUAACUGCAACCGGUGUCCAACCAUCAUCCUUGUGUCUGAUGCGAUCAAACACAUCACGGUGGCGUCCACGGCUUGUGAAACGUGCUCUGCUAUGCAUUUGAACGUGAAGCUUGAUCCGUCGAAACUUCCGACCGCUGCCGGUGAUGGAAACGCCGAAGAGAUUAGAGCGUCCUUUUCCGGAUGUGUUUUCUGUUCGGCUGUUCUCUGUAGGCUAUUUGAUGUGGUACACAGUCGUCAACCGAAUGCGCAUCCAUCUGGCGCACAACGUGGUCCACCAUCCAGAGGUUCACGUGGGUCCGGGAAUCGGGGUAGAUCUGGUUCGCGUGGACGCGGAAGACGCCCCCCUAACUUGUAA